AUUUUAAAACGAGGUCUUUCACCUGACCCGAGAAGAUGGUGGGAUGCCGCGUUUAUGAUACCGACGCCACUUGAUUUACUUGCCAAAAUACCACUGCCUGGCGGUAUGAGCGGCGGUCUGGCCAGCGCUAUCGGCAGUUUUGGCGGUAUCGGUAUACCCGGUAUGUCGGUCGCCAGUCAAGGCUUUGGUAUGUUUUCGAAAAUGAUACCCGGCAUGGACUCCGCUAAAAACAUGUUUAGUGGCUUAGCUGGGUCAUCGACUAAAACAUCAACCUCUGAUUCAUCGUCCAGUAAAGACUAUUUAAGUUCAUUGACCAAUAGUAGAGACAGUUCAAACAAUAGAGAUCGAUACGGUUCAAACGAUAGAGAUCGAUACGGUUCAAACGAUAGAGACCGAUACAGUUCAAGCGAUAGAGACCGAUACAGUUCAAGCGAUAGAGACCGAUACGGUUCAAACGAUAGAGACCGAUACGGUUCAAACGAUAGAGACCGAUACGGUUCAAACGAUAGAGACCGAUACGGUUCGUCCGAUAGAAACCGAUACGACUCGACCAGUAAAGACACCCGAUAUGAGUCUACUUCCAGAAGAAACAACCAAGAUUCAUCGUCCAAUAGAGACCAGCAAGAGUGGAUGCAAAGUAAACAAUACCAAGAUUGGUUGGCCAGUAAAAACCAAGGCAACCAAGAUUCGUACAAUCAAAACAACCAAAACAAUCAAAACAAACGUGAUGCUUUGUCCAAAGACUCAUACGAAUCGUGGUCCAAUAAACCUACGUAUGAUCCCAAUACCGGCAUAACUCGCGUCGAAAGUUUUAAAAGAGAGACCCACGUAGAAACUGUAAACAACCAGGGUUAUGGGUCCAGCGCUUCCAACUAUGGUGGACAGCAAAGUAGAUUCCCCUCGGGUUCACCGCCCGCUGGUUCCAACUAUGGCGCCCCGUCCGGCGGAUACAACCCUAGUUCACAGUCCGGCGGAUACAACCCUAGUUCACAGUCCGGCGGAUACAACCCUAGUUCACAGUCACAGUCCGGUGGAUACAACCCGAGUGCACAGUCCGGUGGAUACAACCCUAGUGCACAGCCUAGCAAUACAAACUAUGGCGCGCCUUCCGGUGGAAACAGCCCUAAUUCACCGCCCGGUGGAUACAACUCGAGUCCAUUUCCUGCCAGUCCUAUGUCGCCGCCCCUUCCAAACAACUAG